AUGGUCGACGCUACUCAGGCUGUGCCUCAGAAGAGUCUGAAACAAUGGCACUCACCAGAUAGUCGUCAGGAGGUGAUUCACGAGCUGAUCCAUGGCGUUGAUCGUUACAACCCAUCCAAUCUUCCGUACAUGGAGGAGUACUUGUCAUCUCAGAUCAAAGAUGGAGAAUACGAUCUUCUGGCGAACUUGGCCAUCUUAAAGCUGUACCAGUUCAACCCGCAAAUGAGCAACCCUGAAGUCAUCAUCAACAUCUUGUUGAAGUCAUUGUCAGCUACCGUUCAUGGUCCCGACUUCAACCUUUGCUUAUCGCUCUUACGCGAGCCAGCGGCCAUCCUUCACGAUAUUGAAUCAGACGAGCAAUCCUUGAUCACUGUCAUGCCGUUGUUACAGGAGCUUCACACUCUUUUGCGUACUUGCCAGUUCACAGCCUUUUGGAAGACUCUGAAUGGAGAUGAAGAGGGAGCUCAGAUCCUGCGGCAACAAUAUCUCCCUCAACAACCUCACCUUGAAUCAUCUCUCCGUAUCCUCAUCGCCACUUCUAUCGCUUCAUGUUUCUCUCGAGUCCCCAUCGCCCGCCUGUCCAACUGGAUCAACCUGUCAUCUUCAGACCUCUCAAGUUGGUCUGAAAGUAUAGGUUGGAAAGUCGAAGGAGAUGUCGCUGUUGUUCCAAAGAACGGAGAUAAUGAUGUCAAGGCGGGAGUCGUCAAGGAGAGUGUAGAAUUGAACCAGCUCACAAAGCUGGUGAGCGCCGCGGCGUUCUAA